UUUCGGUGAAUUUUGGAGUAGUUUGUUUCGUCUGCGCGAGUGACUCUGCGGCUUUUGAUAAUUCGAUGCUGAGUUAUUGCGCUGCGAAUAUUUAAUCGUGGUAUUAACCGUAAGCUCAGGGUUCAUUAGUUGCUAACAAGAUCACCGGAUUAGGAAGGAGUGAGAUUUGAAGUAUGAGUUUUGAUGGAGAUCAAAGUUCGCAAGGUGCGGUAGACUCACAGCUCCAGCAUUUCAUUGAGGUUGAAACCCAGAAACAGCGAUUUCAGGGUUUGGUUCACGACCUGACUGACAUUUGCUGGGAUACCUGCAUCGACAAACCAUCUCCUCGCUUGGAAUCGAGAACAGAGAGUUGUCUACACAAUUGUGUAGAACGAUUUAUCGAUACCACAAACUUCGUUAUGAACAGAUUGGAACGUACAGCACUGACACAUUCCAAAUCGUCUCUGGAAUAAACGUUGGUAUUUUAUCUGUUUAAA